AUGACCGCGCCUUCACCCAUCAACGCCUCCUCCACCUCCACCUCCACAGACUCCGCUGCCCCAGCUCUCCCCGACCGACCUUCGACGUUAAACAACGUCGUCAAUCAAAAUGCCUCUAACUUCACAAAUCAGAACCGCUUUGGCAUGAAUAGCAGCCCUUACUCCUCGCCUUAUUCCUCCUAUUCGUCUCCCUACUCGAGGUUCGGCGGCGGCAUGUAUGGUGGAGGCAUGUACGGAGGCGGGUAUGGCUAUGGUGGAAUGUAUGGCAGUGGCAUGUAUGGGGGAUAUGGAAACUACCCGGGCAUGCCAGGAGAUCCAAAUAACCAGAGUCUGACCCAGACGUGGAACAACAGCACAGCGGCGACGUUUCAAAUUAUGGAGAGUAUUGUCGGCGCGUUUGGUGGGUUUGCGCAAAUGCUGGAGAGCUCGUACAUGACGACGCGUUCCUCAUUCUUCGCAAUGGUCUCCAUGGCCGAGCAGCUCGGGAAUCUACGCCAGACCCUUGGUUCUGUUCUCGGAAUCUUCACUUUAAUGCGCUGGCUUCGGACCUUGGUCGCAAAACUCACCGGUCGUCCACCCCCAGCCGACGCAACAGCCCUCACGCCCGCAGCCUUUUCAUCCUUUCUCAAUGGUGGCAACAGCUCUACACCUGCGACAUUGCCUGAUGGCUCCGCUGCACCGGCCCGCCCCUCGAGAAAACCGUUCAUCAUGUUCGCCAUCGCAGUCUUUGGUCUGCCCUACCUAAUGAGCAAGUUAAUCCGCGCCAUGGCCCGCUCGCAAGAAGAAGAAAUGCGUCGCCACCAGGAAGCUGCGCUGACAUACACCGUCGGUCAGAACGGAGAGCAAAUCCCUAUCGACCCCAAAAAACUCGACUUCUGCAGAGUGUUGUACGACUACACCCCCACGCCACAGUCUGGGGGCAUGGAUCUCGAGGCAAAGAAAGGCGACUUUGUUGCAGUGCUUUCCAAGACGGAUCCAAUGGGCAAUGCCAGCGAAUGGUGGAGGUGUCGUGCUCGAGACGGCAAGAUGGGAUACCUCCCAUCUCCCUACCUCGAACCCAUUCAAAGACCUAUGCAAAAGAUCACCCCGCAAAUUACGGAAGGGAACGUCGAACAGACUCAGAUACCCAUGCAGAAGACCACCCCACAAAUCACAGAAGGAGACGAGAUAUAUCAGUCGAAGCUUCUCCCCCAAACAGGGGAAACAGAGGAAGGACGCUACAACCCGCUGUAUGCACCGGUGGCGAAGAAGAAGUACGCCGCAGCGGAGCCAGUGCUUGGUCCCAAGGGACCAAAGAUAGACAGCAAGCCCGGCGACAUUACGGCGGAGAGUUUCCAGAAGAGCGCCUUUUAUUCGUGA